AUGACUACAAAUCAAGAUAUUCCCAAAACAUCGUCACUAUUUUCUGAUAAAUCUAUGAGCCUAAAAGAAAGUCAAAGAUAUAUUUUAUCGACGCUAAAUGAUCUUACACCUAUACGAUCAUUUGAUGGUAGUUUUUCUGUUAAUUAUAAUAAUAAGAAUCAAAUAGGAUAUUUUACACCUUGGUCACCUAUUGAAGCUACGUUCUGUGAAUGUACAUCUCAAGGCAAUUCCAUUUAUACUACCGAAUCAAAUAUACAUGAAGAUGUAGUCAGGAAAAUGAGUGUACCUAACAAUGUUACAGUUAACAAAACUGAUAAUCCUCUUGAUUAUUCCAUACAUUCCCAUUUUAUUGAUCAUCAGUGUUUAACAUCUACCAGUUCAAAAGUAACUGCUCCUCAGCGAUCAAAUUAUAAUCGCAAUUCAUUACUCGAAUUUUCGAACAGCUUCAAAUUUAAUAAUAACAAUACAUCUUCCUUAAGGAAAUCAGAAUGUACUUCCGAGCCAGUUGUAUGUUAUUCUACAAAUAAUGAAACUGAUGGUGGACGUUUAUCAAAACGAAAAUAUUCUAAAAAUCAUUCUAGUGUUUCUAGGAAAUACACUGGAAAAUAUAUUAAAACAGGAAUUAACAAGAUUACCGGCCUUAAUCAACCUAAUGUAAUCAGUAUUCCUAUCAGUAAUAAUAAUACAGAUAUCAGUGACAGGUUUGAGAUUAUUCACGCUAAUACUAUGAAUCAUUCAUUAACACAUAAUUUACCAAAGGAGACAUGUUCAUUAAAUCAAAAUACUGUAAAUGAAGAUGGAAAUUUAAUAAAUGGUAAAAAAUCGAAAUUAGAUAAAAAUUGUUCCACACUUGAAAAAAAUAGCAUCAACAAACAAACAAUAGAUAUGACUUUUUAUUCUACUCCCAAAGAUACCCAAUGGAACAAUGACGAAGGUGAACAACGUAAAACUAACAGUGAUGCACAAAACAAUGUGAAAAAUACUGUUGUUUCAACAGGAGCUUACAAAUACUUAUCAUGGCGUGAAAAAGAUCGUAGACGAAGGUUUCGUGAAGAAUGGAAACAUUUAUGGCUUGUUAUACCACAUGGACUUCAUGAAGUUAUGUGCCUUAUUUGUCAUAAAGUUAUGACUCAAAGAAAAUUAGAUACAAUAAAACGUCAUGUUGUUAGAAGACAUCCAGAAUUAAUAAAAAUGUAUGAUUAUGAUAAAAGAGAAUUAUUUAAUCAAUUAAUUAAACAAUAUAAUUUAAUAGAUCAUACAAAUAUUAAUUCAAUAAUCAAUAAUCCAUAUAAAUUAAUACAAAAAUCAAAUGAUUCAUAUCAAUGUAAAUCGAAUAGAAAUUUACAUAAAACAAAAGAAUCAUCACAGAAACUUUUAUUAAAUACAUCUAAUUGGUUAAUUAAUCAAACAAAUAAUAGAAAUCUUUUCAAAAAUAUAAAUCAAUUAAAUCAUAUUCCAUUAUGUUAUACAUCAAAUUCUUCAUCUGUAUUCUAUAAAAGUAAUAAAGAUUCAUUGAAUGAACAUCAUGAAGUAGUCAAUGCAAAUGUUAAAUUUAAACAAUAUUUAUCUUCUGAUGAAAGUAAAUAUAUACCGAAAAUCUAUCAAGAAGUUAUAAACACUUAUGAUUUAAAUCAUUUAUCAUCAACAUUACCAGAAGAUUGGUCUAAUCUUUUAAAAAUUACUGAAAGUCUACUACCUAUUGUUAAAUCAUCAACAUCAUCAUCUAAUGGAUCAAUGGAUCCUCUUGAUUAUUCUAUACAUUCAAAUCAACAUAAUCCUAUAGAAAUUAGUAUGCAAUUAUUAUCUUCUAAUAAUCAACCAGUAAAUACAUCAAUUAUUUCAAAAGAAUCAUUAUUAUCUUCAAAUAUUCAAACGAUGAAUUGUUCUUCAUUUCGUCCUUUCUCUUCUUCUAUAUCAUCUAAUUUAAAUAUAAAUUAUAGAAAAUCAUUUACUCCAUUAACAUAUAAAUCAAUAGAGUCAAUGAAUUCAUUACCAUUAUCAUCGAUUGUACAAAAAGAAUGCUUUUCUAAUAUUCAAAAUUCAAACAAAUCUUAUGGAUUUAUGGAAUCAAUCUCUAAUUCAUACGACGACAUCAUUAAAACCAGUAAUGAAAGUUUAGCUGCAGUUAACUGUAAUGUAAACUUUUCUAGUAGAAAUAUUCACGUUCAAAAUGACAAUGACUAUGAUAGUAGUCAAACAGCUAAAGGAUAUUUAAAUUCACAGUUCAAUUUAACAACGGAAUAUAUGGAGCAUGAUCAUAUUGUUAAUGAACUAAAUCAACGUUUAAGAGUAUCUGUAAAUACAACAACAAGUCAUGCAAACCAUACGUCAACUGGAUUUGAUCCCACGUUUUCAAAAGUUCCUAGACUUGACGAGGCUCAAUCUUUAAUGAUAGCCGCUUGGUAUUCAGCUCUUAUGAAUUCUGCUAAAAAUGCAAACCAAUUAGUUAGCAAUAACGUAUCUUUAAGUCUACAUAAACCAAUAUGUGAUGAAUCUGUAGGUAUGGAGAAGCCCCUCACAUGUUCUUUCCCUUUCUCAAAUCCAAAACUCUUCAAUACCAGCUCAUAUGUUUCCAAUACCUCUGAUGAAAUUAUUUCCUCUCGUUUAAAACAAAAGGAGAAACUUAGUAAUUACCCAAGUAUAGUAGAUUCAUUACAAUUGCAUAAUCAGGAGGUGGAAUUACAAUCAUCGAAACAAAUGAAUCCAUCUCGUCAGUUAAAAUUAAAUUCAGAGUUAAAUAAAUUUACUAUCUCAUCUCUAUUGAAUACAGAACAACGUCAAAUAACAACUCCAGUAUCAAAAGUAGAACAGAAAAGUGAUAAUUCCUGUCUUAAUAUACUUAGUAACUUAGAAACACCUUCAUGUGAUAGCUCUACCGAUUCAUCAUCUCAACUUGGCAAUCCGCAAAAAUAUGAUAAAUUUAAAUCUAUUCCCGAGUGUAUCUCAUGCAUUCUUUGUAUGAUUCAUGACAUGAAUGUAGGAAAUUCCUCUAGCAUUACAAAUCUUAAUAAGUCAUGCAGAUUAAAUGUCGACAUUCCAAGUAACAUAUAUGCAAAAGAAGCUGAUUUAUACAAAAGAAAACACACAGCAUUCACCUGUCCUAAAAAUUUGUCAAGUUCAUUUCAUAACUCUGUAGAAAUUCAAUCGAAAAUUAAUACAUCUAACCAGUUUAACAAUGGUAACUGUACUUCACAAAAUCAAAUACCAUUCAUACAUUUACUGGAUUCAAAUAAUCAACCCACUCACGAAGUACAAACCUAUAUGAAAUGUUAUUAUGAUCAAUUAGUACGAAAUCAUUUCGAACAUAUUCAGAAAGAAAAUCAAUCCAGUGAAAAAGUAACAUCAUCGUAUUGUUGUAUACCAAUAAAUACAGAAAACGCUAUCUGUUUAAAUGGUAAUGAAGAUAUCUAGUUGAAUGAAUCAACCUAAUGUUUGAUGGUAUAAAGAAAUAUCUACAGCUAACUACAUGAAAACUUCUACGCAACAACAAACAGUUCUUCAAUAGAUCAAGUUAUAUUACGUUGUAUGCAAUCGAACAUUUAAAAAAAAUUGAUUAAUUAGUUUACAAGAAUAUUGAAACAAAAUUACUUAUCUGAUAACUCAUUAACGACUGUGCACUAUGAAAGUAACCAGGGGAAAUAAAGUAAUGUAACAUAAUUGGGAGAGUAAUCACUAGAAUUAUGAAAUAUACAAUUAUCUAGUUUAUUUUCAUUGAUUCAAACAAAAAAUCGAUCAUAAUAUCCAAAGGUAACAAAUAUAUAUUUUAUCAUCAAAUAAACUGUUGAUUUAUGAAUUUUGAUUAUCCUAUAAAGGAACAGAGUUUUGUAAGUAAAUUCUUCACAUAUCUUUCAGUUACAUUUUAGAUAUUUCUGUAUAUUCUUGAUAGUAUCAUGCAUUAUUGAAUAUUGAACUGAUGUAACUAAAAGUUAUAAUUCUAAUGGAUUUUUUAUUGAACGAUCAACACUGAAAUAUUUCUAUAUGUUCUCAUUUAGUUUUCUUCCAUAACAAUACGUUUCCUUUUCUUUCUUUCCACCUCUCUCUCUCUCGUGAUUUUUCCUAAUUGUCUGUUGUAAAUUAUAAUCUUAUCAUUAUAUUAUUACUAUUUAUUUUAUAAACAUUCCUUAAUUGUUAAAAUCAUUUAUUAAUUAUAAAUAGAAAUUAGUUGUUUCAGCUUGUCAGUAGUAGUAAUUUAUUUCUUUUCUUGUUAUUGAUUUUGUACAAGACUCUUUCCAAAGAAUAUUCUUGAUAUACUUCUUUAUUGGACUUUCAAUCUAAUCUUUUUUUGUGGUUGUUGUUGUUGUUGGAUAGUUUAAGUAUAAAGGUGAUAUGAUGCAUUGAAAUAUAUGAAUUGUAUCAAAGGGGGGUGGAUAUUAUAGUAAUUUCAAUGGUUGAUAUCAUAAGUCAAUUGAAGCUAGACCACCAUGGAAAUCCAGGAAGUGAUGGAUGGCCGUUUCGUGUUAUUGUGAAUAUUGCUUUGUUAAGAACUAGUUUUAUCUAAGUAUUGUUCAAGUAAUGUUCUUACAUAACUUCAAACUCUUUAGAUUUGAACAGUUUCUUUCUUUCGUUCAUUCCUUCCUUCCCUACUUACUUAUUUACUUACUUACUCACUUACUUACUUGCCUACUUACUUAUUACCGCCUGUUACCCCUCGUCAAGGAUUAUAAGCGCACCCACCAGGAUUCUUCAUUUUCUGAUGUUCCGAAUCCUCAACAAACGGCCGUCCAGUGCUUCCAGGUUUUUCAUGGUGAUCUAACUUCGAUUGCCUCAUGAUCUCAACUAUAUGAAUUGUGAUUAAAAUUACUCAACAGAUCAAUAUCUUUUUAGUUAGUUUUCUUUUUUUUGAGUUGAAACAAUUUCAAUUUCUUUUUGUUAAUUUUGUUCGAAUUUGUAGAUUUAUGGAAAUGUAACUGUAUUUUUUUUUAUCUUUUUAAUCUGAGAAAGGUAACACAAUAUUGUGCAUUUUAUGCAUAGUAUACUGUACAUGGUGUUUUGUUUCUGCCAUCCUGUAAUGAAACAGAGUUGUUAACAAGGUUUUUUUUUAUCCACCAUUUUAUUUAUCUUUUAUUUGUUUGAAAUUAUUAUUAAUUGAUAUAUUAUUUAAAGAGAUAUCAUGGUUUAUUUGGUGAAACUAGCACAUCUAAUAGUUUACUUAUUGUUUAGUAUAGUAGUGGGUUAUUGAUCAAUGUGGAAUGUAAGGAUUUAACGUAAAUAUUGUAAGUAAAUACGGAAAAUUUAAUCACACGAUGUGGUCACUGUUAAAAAUCAUAAUCGCAACCGAAUUUCCUAUUUGACGGUAAAUUCCAAUCAUGUAGAAUAGGUAGUAUUCUAAAAUAAUGCAUACUUUUGUCGUGAGCCAGAAGACUGAAACAUUAUAUUUCAUAUGAAUUGAAAUAUCUUAUCCUAUUUUUAAGACCACAAAGCUCUUAUUUACUUACACCUAUUACCACUCAUGGAGGAUAGUAAGCCACUCACCAGCACUCUCAUUACAGCCUUGUCCUGGAAAAUCCUUUCCAGUUGCUUCCAGUUGCUAUUCAUCGUAUUCGUGUCUGCUCCCGAUUCUCAGCAUAGUAUGUUCUUUGUCCUUCCUCCUUCACCAAUCCUCGCCUUGACGUCUGCAUCAGAUCCUCCACAUUUGUCGAUGAUGCUACCCAAAUGCGUGAAAGUUUCCACGUCUUCCAAAG